CAGGGGUCAUUAGUAUAUAUACGUUUUAGCUAGACCUGGCAACCGUGGUGUAUACUUUAGAUACAUUUUACUCUAAACAGACACAAAUGACCCUGCGUCCGUCGGUAGUCACAGGGCGGUAGCUUUUGCACAACACAUUGAGUGCUAGCUAGCUAGCUAGCUAGGUAGGUAGGUAGAUUGCUAACCUUAGCUGUAUGACCUAGCUAGCAUCCAACAUCUGGUAGAAAACUAUUUUCUCAUUAUUUGACAUUAUCGUUGACAUGUCGGCCUUUUCAGAGGCAGCUUUGGAAAAGAAACUAUCGGAGCUUAGCAAUUCCCAACAAAGUGUCCAGACUCUGUCACUGUGGCUUAUCCAUCAUAGAAAACACUCGAAGACCAUCGUCAACGUUUGGUUCAACGAAUUGAAAAAAGCCAAGGUAUCCAGGAAGCUCACCUUCCUCUACCUCGCCAACGACGUCAUCCAGAACAGCAAGAAGAAAGGACCUGAGUUCACUCAGGACUUUGCUCCUGUCAUUGUUGAUGCCUUCAAACAUGUGUCCAGGGAAGGAGAGGACCCCUGUAAGAAACAGCUGGGCCGGGUUCUGUCCAUCUGGCAGGAGAGGGCUGUGUAUGAGAACAACCUGCUGGACCAGCUCUCACACGUCCUGUUGGGAGAGAAGAAGGCCAAGAAGAGGCCGUAUGAGGAGAUUCAACUGGACGACCAGGACUUGGCCUCCCAAAGCUCCCCCGCGGAGCCCCCACAGACGGCAGAGUUAAUCCGGGCCCUGCAGGAGCUUGAGAAUGCAGCCUCUGGGGACUCAGCACUGCGACAGCGAAUCUCCUCCUUGCCUGCUGAGGUGCAGGACACGUCACUGCUGCACAGGAUCACAGAUAAAGAGCAGGGUGAGCGCCUGUCCAGGCUGGUGGAGGAGGCAUGCAUGCUGCUGGCGGACUUCAGCGGCCGUUUGGCGGCGGAGAUCGACGACCGGCGGCAGCUUACGCGGACGCUCACCCUGUUUCUACACAGCCAGAGGGACGGCCUGGUGCAGAACGAGCAGAAACUAGAAGAGUACAAGCGCAAGCUGGCGCGGGUGACCCAGGUACGGAAGGAUCUGCGUUCUCAUCUCAGCAACCUACCAGACCUCUCUGUGCUCCCCAGUGUGACCGGUGGACAUUUGCACCUGCCCUCGUCUGGCGUCGAGCUUUAUGACCCCACAGCCUGACAGCUCACUUGUGUUUCCCAUCUCUGACCGACCAUCCACCCUCUGAUUGACACAUCUCUCGCCCUAUCAUUUAACUUGUGGACAUCACUUCACUUCGUGGACAUCAGAGUCACUUAGUAACCUUUGACUGACGUAUCUCCCAACCUAUCAUUGGCCAUAUGCAUCUUGCCAUUGUGCUACUGUUUGACUGCUCUCUCAUCCAAUCUUUCCACAUGUAGUCCUAUUUAUCAAAUUUCUCUCUUACCCAUCAUCAUGUAACCCUCCCUUUGUAACAGUAUAUCUCCCUCCUAUUCGCCAAGGAUCCCUCCCCUCGUAUUCUCUUCACAAUAGAUCACUCUUAUUGGUACAGUAUUCGGAAAGUAUUCAGACCACUUGACAUUCUAAAAUUGAUAAAAUUGUUUUUUACCCUCAUCAAUCUACACACAAUAGCCCAUAAUGACAAAGCAAA